AUGGUGCGCUCACGUGAUCCACGAAAAUCUUGGCGACCUGGACCGCACUUUAUCGAAAUAUCCAAUUUCUGCGUUCCACAUCGACGACUUCUACUUCAGCUUGACAACCUAGGACACCUUGACCCUUGUUCAAACAAGAUGUCUCAUCGAAAGUUCGAGGCGCCGCGACACGGCUCGCUUGCUUUCCUGCCCCGAAAGCGAGCUGCAAGACACCGAGGAAAGGUCAAGAGCUUUCCAAAGGAUGACCCAAAGAAACCAGUCCAUCUCACCGCUGCCAUGGGAUACAAGGCCGGGAUGACCACCAUUGUCCGCGACCUUGAUAGACCUGGCGCGAAGAUGCACAAGAAGGAGAUUGUCGAGGCUGUCACUGUUAUCGAGACACCCCCGAUGAUCGUCGUCGGCCUCGUCGGCUACAUCGAGACUCCCCGUGGCUUGCGCUCCCUUACCACCGUGUGGGCAGAGCAUCUCUCCGACGAAGUCAAGCGCCGCUUCUACAAAAACUGGUACCGAUCGAAGAAGAAGGCAUUCACCAAAUACGCCAAGAAACACUCUGAGAACAAAGGCUCCUCAGUUACUCGGGAACUCGAGCGCAUCAAGAAAUACUGCACAGUCGUCCGUGUUCUUGCUCAUACUCAAAUCCGCCAGACACCUCUCAAGCAGAAGAAGGCACACUUGAUGGAGAUUCAAAUCAACGGUGGCAGUGUGGCAGACAAGGUCGAGUUCGGCCACGGACUGUUCGAGAAGCCGGUUGAGAUUGACACCAUCUUCGAGCAAGACGAGAUGAUUGACUGCAUCGCCGUCACCAAGGGUCAUGGCUUCCAGGGCGUCACCAGCAGAUGGGGCACCAAGAAGCUUCCACGAAAGACGCACAAAGGUCUGAGAAAGGUCGCUUGUAUCGGUGCUUGGCAUCCUUCGCACGUCCAAUGGACGGUUGCCCGUGCUGGUCAGAUGGGUUACCAUCAUCGUACCUCUGUCAACCACAAGGUGUACCGCAUUGGCAAGGGCACGGAUGAGAAGAACGCGGCCACCGAUUUCGAUAUUGUGAACAAGCAGAUCACACCUAUGGGCGGUUUCGUCCGCUAUGGCGAGGUCAAGAAUGACUUCGUCCUCCUCAAGGGCUCUGUCCCCGGUGUCAAGAAGCGAGUCAUGACCCUGCGCAAGUCCAUGUUCCCACACACCUCCCGCAAGGCGCUGGAGAAGGUCGAGCUCAAAUGGAUCGACACGUCCUCGGAGUUCGGUCACGGUGCGUACCAGACCCCCCAGGAGAAGAGGCAAUUCUUGGGCACGCUCAAGAAGGAUCUUGUUGCUGCUUCGUAA